GAGGUGUGCAACGUGAGACGUUAGAUUUUUCCAUCUGAGAAAGAGGCGUUGUAGCUUACGGGAGUUUAGAGAUGUGCAAUGUGAGACGUUAGAUUUUUCCAUCUGAGAAAGUGGCAUGGUAGUUUACGGGAGUUAAGUGGUGUGCAAAUGUGAGGAAAAUAUUCAGGAUCCGUUGCUAUAAAAGAGAAUGUGUAAGAAAUGUGGGGGCCCAAGAGGGGGCUUCGUUUUUAGAUAAACUCUAACCCUAAGGAUAACCAACCAACCAAAACCAACCAACCACCACCACAAUUAACGGGGUCAGAGAUCACCGGGGUCUGCCCGGUAUAUGAUCCCCUUUGAGCCACUACUGGCGCUGGUAGCUACGGUAGCCAACAGCCGCCACUCAAUCAGCCACUCAACACAUCCACAUUAUACUGUAGCAUGCUCAGCCACCUUCCUCCCAACACCACUCCACACAGACCAUCAUCAUGUCCCAGGAAGACAACAACGAGAGCAGCAAUGUUCCCCGGAAAGGAGAGGAUCCAGAGGCACCAAAAGGCGAUACCGGUAGUAAGCCCUCACGACGAGACCAGCGAAAAAGUGCCAAUCGUGCACGUCAUCGGCUCUUGUCGAUUCAAUAUGAUGUUCAGCACUACUUGAGGCCACUGCUAGCGAAUCAACGAAAAGAACAAGAGGAAUCCAUUGUCAUUGUGGCCAAUGAACGAUGCGGUUCGUGGUAUGCUCUUCCCUUGGAGCCUCAUUCCUCUUGUCAUUUCAAAAGCACGGAUGGUCACGUGCAUUUGUUCAGUCUCAAGCGACUCAAUUUACCUCUCCUCAAGACGCUCCAUCAGCAACAAUCAUCAUGUGUUUGGAUCGUCGAUGCUUCCAACAAGAAGGAAAUGCCAGACAGCUUCUCACGCACGAUACCCAUUUGGGCCGCGGUCCUCAAUCGGAUUGCCGAGCGCUACCGACGAGAUGAGCAAUUGCUGGAAAGCAAGUUUUCUGCGGAACAGCUUGAGCUAUUUCUACCAGAUUGGAUCAUACCCAGUGAAGAGCGUGUCAGGAUGGAUUCCAUUAUCGAGGAUCGAGUGGAGGAGUUGUACCAGAGCCGUGCCAUUGUCGACAUUCCAGGGUUUCUAGAGCUCAUGACCAAACCGUUGCGCCCCUUUUGGAUCACACCUCUGCAACAAUCCAAUCAACUACCCACACCCGGGCAACAAGCCACUCUGUCGUGCCUUGUCUGCUGCAAUGCUUCCAAUAUAAGACUUGAUGCCAAAAUGAACAGUCGGGUUGUUUGGAUGGAGCAAGAACAGUUCGGGUACACCCCGGGAGCAGCCGAUGAUGAAGAGAGUUGGGCCCGAAAACUCACUCCACAGCUCUUUUGGGGUCAGCAUGGCGACGACACGUCAACAAAUACUACUCCACAACAACAAACCUUCUCAUCCUCCAUGACGGAACAGGAGGUAGACGAUUGGAUUGAUCGACUGGUUGCAACUCACCAAGCACGACAAGGUGAUACUGACGAAGAAGAGGUUGCCUGCUUUGAUUGGAUUGGGAAUUUGGGAAUAGCCAUUGGGACACGAAGGGCGGGCAGGCCAGCUCACUGUUGGAAACACUUUGAUGCCAUUCUGAAUGUGACCAAUACAGAAUAUGGGGAAAUACGACAACAAUCAUCAGAAGAUGGACGUUAUUGCUACUACUUGCAAUUACCAGUUCAAGAGGGAAAGCGUGAUAAGAUCGAGCUGGAACGAUGGAUGCCAGUCGGGAUUCUGUUUUGCGCUCUUCACGCAAGCCGUGGUCGACGGAUACUCAUUCAUUGCGCUCAAGGUCGAGAUCGAUCCGUCGCCGUGGCAAUGGCUGUGGUUCAACUCUUUUGCAACCUGACGUAUCCUUUGGAAUGGAACCGCCAUCUCUUGGAGGGCACUGUGCGCGAUUUGGUUGCCGAGGAUGCUUCCUGUGAAGCACUACCGCAGAAUGACAACAAAGACUCGGAUACCGUUGCAGGCGGUCUCCUUGGCUCUGGAUUGCCUCGGCACCGAGCUGACCGUUUGAUCGAUCAUGAAGGUCGACUCUUCUUGCUGCAAUUGGUUCGUGAGAAACUUGACAAGUCCCAAGACGAGCCAUUGGCAAGCAAGGAAAGUCUACGGGUUGUCUUGCAUCUUAUCAGGCAAGAUCGGGAGAAAGCGGAGCCCACUCGAUCGACCCUUCAAAAGCUAAAUCGCUUUUUCAUGAGUGAUGCCUAUAAAAAGCAGCAGCCAAGCUAGUGCGUUGAUGGAAACUUCCGUGCUUCUGGUGCUGCAACGUUCCCGACCAAAUCGUCAUUCCACUGUCCAUUUUGUUUGAGUGACUACCUAGUCAAAUGUCACUACCUGUAUCUUCGGACCAACACCCCCCGUUGGCGUAGGAAGGGAUUGCGGCAACUCACUCUGUUGCUCGUCGGAUGCAAAGUCGCCUGUCAGAGAUCUGUUGGUGUUUCGAACGGACCCGUCUUGCUGCCCAGAAUCGUCCAUCCUGCCCUUUUUGCGAAUCUUUCGCACGGACAAUGCCUUGGGUAACACCAUCAAGCCACUGCUGCUGACUGGGAAGCUAAAUGUCAACAGUGAAAGACCAAUGUACCUUGCAGAAGGGUUGAUUUCAUUCAAGAUAUAAACAACUGGAGCGCCCACCAGCAAGACCAAUGUUUGGGCAAAGAUAAAGGCCAAAACCCACUUGGAAUCAGAGUACAUGCCAUCAAGGCUGACAGUCUUACAAGCCAUGAUGCAGGCAGCUGUGACUGUAAUCAACUGGAGCACAUAAAUGGGGACAUAAAACAUUGUCGGCGAUUGGCUCACGCAAGCUCCAACACUUUCCCCAGUAACAUCAUCAAUAACAAUUCGCCACCAGCCAUAAUCAGUCUUUACUGUGAAGAUCGCCAAGCAAAUCAGUGUAAUAACAAUUACCAGUGUGCCUGGCCACAAAGCACGCCAUAACUCCAGUGUGCUUGUGUUGUAGCGCAGGCAUCGAUCAGCCCGCCAGAGCUUUGGAUGCAACAGACCAUAAAUGUUUGAGUGAGCCCUGCCCUCGAUCUGCAAAACCUCAGCAAAACUAUGCAAAACAUCAUACCUUUGUAAAAAUUGCAGUGUAGGUCCCUAUUCUCCCCAAUUCAUUCAGCCAAGCCCAUGCGACGCAAUUCCUGUCAAGGGUGGCCUCAUCAAAGCCCCCGCUCUCAUCAAAUGACGAGAGUAGAAUACAAAAGGAGAGCAUCCCAGAGGCAAAGCAAAGGGCAUAGAGGAAAGGAGGCUGUGCUGCCACUGUCACCGCAUGGUGUCGAUUGAGAACAAUCCAGAUGAACGAGAUUCCAACAAUCGCCAAUGAGACGGCAAAGAGCACCAGUCCAAAUGUGCGAGCUGCCGGUGUGAUAUAGUUCUGGUUGGGUGUCUCCCGCAGCAGUUCUGGCGGGGAAUCACUUCCGCCCAGAAAACACAUCCUACCGAAAUUUCCACCAUGGACCCACUCACCAGUGAGAGGAUCCAAACUCUCAAUGUAGCGCACGUCCAAUCUGGUGAAUCAAAUUUCGUUGGAGGUGAUAAUGAAA